UUAUUAUUAUUUUAAUGUGCACACCCUCACACACCACAAUGGGUACUUGAACUCAUGACCUUAGUGUUGAAACUCUUGUGAGUCUACCACUAAGCCAUGAGUAAGGGCCGAAAGGAAAAGUGUCAAAUAAUAAUGAUAACUACACAAUGAUCAUAUUCAUUAGUAUUAUUGAAAGAUAGAUUCUCAUGAAUUCCAUUUAGCACAGUAGGAUUUCACCAUAAUAGGUACUAGAACUCAAAACCAGCAGUUGAUGGAACCCUUUGCCGGCUGGAACCAAAGCCGGCCGCCAGCAAAGGGUCCCUAUUAAUUCAGAAUGCGAAUCCCUAAUCUCAUUUUCAGCCAUUUCCCUCUCCCCGUUGCUGACUCUCUCUCUCUCUCUCUUUGCACCUCUCCAUCUCCGCUCGAUUUCUCUCUCUCUCUCUCUCUCUCUCUCUCUCUCUCUCUCCACUCUCGAACCCUCCUCUCUCCCUCUCCACUCGAUCUACUUCUCUCUCUCUCUCUCUCUCUCUCUCUCUGUGCGCCCGUCCCCGCCCUCUCGGCUCGAGACCUUCAUCUCUCUCUCUGUCUUCCAUCCUCCGGCAUGAACCGAAGACCGCAGUUGUUGUACUGCUUGUCCAUCCUGCACGAGCAGAGCACCAGGUCCGGCUAGAUCUAGUCCUUUUACUCACUGCAAAUAGGUACAGAUCUAAACCCCUUUGCGGUUUAAGGCUUUUGCAUUCCCUUCCCUUCCUUCUCUUUCUCCCUCCUAGGUUUAGGGCUUUUGGAUGAGAUUCGACAUAUUUUCUUCAGUGAUAGAAGCUAUUAUUAAGAUGUGGUGAUGUUGAAUUCGUAACUUGCAUUUCAUCUUCUUGUGAACUAAUUUGGUGAGACUUUUUUCCCCUUAUCAUUUUCAUUUCACUGUUGAUUGUUACAUGAAGUUAAUGUAAUCAUAUGGAAGUAUUGUAACUGAUCAAGAAAGUAAGAAAAUAUUUUGAAUUUCUAUUUUUAUUUCACUAAAGCAUUUUAUUAUUUUUUAUAUGAAAAUCUGCAUGCUAAUUGUUUGAGGAAAUGCCUCAACCAAGAAUGUUCUUGUGUUAAUCAUGCUAGAGGUCCUACGUUUCAACUCUCUGUAAAUGGGGCACAAAUCGCUCUAUGGUUGGAUGAACCCAUUGUAUCAUCCAUCUAGUUGACCCUUCUUUGGUGGAAAUGCCUCAACCAAGAACGUUCUUGUGUUAAUCAUGCUACAGGUCCUACAUUUCAACUCUCUGUAAAUGGGGCACAAAUCGCUCUAUGGUUGGAUGAACCCAUUGUAUCAUCCAUCUAGUUGACCCUUCUUUGGUGGACCAACACAUAAAUUCACAAUGACUAGGGAAUUUUCCCCUGUUGACCUUUUUUGUUUUCAGCCAUCUGUUCGAUCAAAUGGCCAGGACUAUCAUGUCAGUUUGAUUUUUGAACUGUGGUCAUCCACAAUAGGACCUAUGGCAUGGACAUUGGGAACUUGGAUUCCAGAAAAUGUUAGCAAUUGGCAGAAGGUGACUGAUUUGUGUUGGCCUGUUCUAAGGACUUAGUAUGACUGGAUUUGAAAGCUGUAUUGGAGUUUAUAGCAGCAUAUUGGGAAAACUGGGGUUCAAACAUCUAUAUAUGAUUCGGUCUUUGAUGGGUGCAUGAUAUUUGUAUCUGAUAAAUGGGGAAUGAUUGCAUGGAAGGCACAUGCUUUCCGAGUCUCCACUUGUAAGCUUCAUAUGUUUCAUUUUUUUUUUCCCCAAGUUCUGUGAAUCCCUUUUGUCUUUUUGUACAUGACUAAAAAGGAGAAUUGUCCAGCUAAAAUCGGAUGAUUAAUAAAUCUUUCUUCUGAUUUUGGGAACAAUUGCACCUGGUGGUUUAAAUGCUUCAAGGUAAGUGAACCUUUUUGCAUCCUACUCAAAGAUCUCGGAUUUCCAUCAAAGCACCUUUCUUAGAAUUCAGAUCUGCUAUAUGAUGCUUGAUUGAAAGAAAUGGAAUUGUCUUGUUUGGCCCAGCACUGUACUUCUGGGGCUCAACUUUGGGUAGGCCUUAACACUUUAUCAGGUUGGCCCCACCAUUCUUGGAUUAAAUUUUUUGAAAAUCUAUUCUCAUGCAUUCAUAUCUACAGGCCAAGAUACUAAUCCUGACAUGCAUAAUUUGAUUUAUACAGUAUGUCAAGGCUAUACAUAUCAACAAGGGUGUUGAUAUUCACAGGCAGCAAGUCAUGGGCCACCCGGUCUUUGUCGAGGUUGGGAAUGUCAGGAUGAUCAUGAGGGCGAACCUCGUGACGUAGGAUGGUUAGAGAUGGGGCUUGAUUUGUUCCUUUGUCAUCUUGAAUUUUGAAUUUUGAUUUGAUAGGUGUCUUGUUUUGAAUCAGAUCUGUUGUAUAUGUUCUCGUCUAUACUGCAGGAUCUUAAUUUCAUUGAUCACACGAGCGACAUCGGAUGGAAGGAAUUUCGAAGGGCGAAGCCUAUUAUCAUCGAUCCAGGGCUGUAUAUGUCAAAGAAAGCAGAUGUCUUCUGGAUUACCCAGAGGAGCGUCAUGACGGCAUUCAAACUAUUUACAGGUCCUGUUGCUGAUGACAUGUUCCACUGGAGCAUUUAUGGAGAUAUUGAACAAUUCAUAUGUGAAAUGAAGGUUGGCUUUGGGACCUACAGUAAACGUGCCACUGUGAAGAAAACACCACAACUAGACAAUAAUUGCUAUGAUUUGGUCACUCCUUCAGUACUAAUUAUUGCAAUUCAGUUCAUCUGUGCAUUCAAACUUAGCCUUAUAAUUUUCUCGAUUCAUUUCAUAAGCGAGAAGGAAGUAAUAAAAACAAACUGAAAUCAGAGACCCAAAUGAUAUUUACCAUAAAUUCGGAAACUAGAGAUCCAAUUAUUUAUUUAUCAUAAAUUCCAUGUUGUGUGUAAUAUCAAACAGCAGGUUUUUGCCCACAAAAGAUAACCUGAGGAGAAAGGAAAUCGACAUAGAAGUGCAAGCUAUUAUGAGAAGAGGGAGAUGGCUAUGAAAAUGGGAGAAGCUCAUAUUACUAGUGGAAUCUAAUUUCAAAGAAUCCCAAGAUCAAGGGAACUCCAAGAGCAUGACUAUUGAAGAUGUGAUAGAUGAGUGCAGAUUACUUAGCAGGGCAUGGGUCCACGUCACCUUU